AUGGCGUUUUCUAAUAACGUUAAAGAAUCAAUUCUUAUACCCGGCUCUUUACCUAUUGAAAUACUUGACCAUGUUUUUUCAUACUUAUGUCACGAUACAAAAUUUUUACAUUCAUGUUUAUUAGUUAAUAGAAUUUGGUGUCAACAUGUUGUUGGUUUAUUAUGGCGUGCUCCUUUUUCCAUCUGGUUAGAAGAAUAUAAAUCCAUAUCUCUAAUAAAUACUUAUAUUUCUUGUAUGAAUGAUGAAGAAAAAUCUUGGCUUAAAAAGAAUGGAAUCAAUGUAUCUACUGAUACUACAAAUCCAUUAUUUAAUUACUCAUCUUACUUAAAAGUAUUCGAUAACUGUGGACUGGAUAUGUCCGUUAAAACCUGGUUCAUUCAUUCGAAAUGUAUAUCAAAGGAAAAAGAUUGUUUGAUUAUUGAUGCUGAUAGAAGAAUUAUACUUUCAGAAAUAUUAUAUAAAUUAUUUUUCCGUCAAAAUUUAGAAUUCACUCAGCUUACUUUCUUGAGAAAACCUUCUAUAUUUGACAUUCCGUCUCCUUUUAUCUUUACCCUUCAUCCUAGUUUAAUAUCGCAAUUACGUGUACUUCGCCUUAAUUUUGCUUAUACAACUGAAUCUGGUCGUUUCAAGAAUUUGGUUAAUCUUGUCGCAAUUUUACCUAAUUUAUGUAAAAAACUUAGAGAAUUAGAUAUUUGUCUACAAAUAAUAGAUGUAAAUCUUGUGGCUGAUUUCAUACAAUCUCAAGAAAAUUUACAAGACUUUAGAUUAGAAUGUUAUUCUGGUAACAUUGCUCCUGCCAUAUCUGCUUUACAAUUUCAAUCAGAUUCUUUGGUUCGCGUAGAAUUUUCUCAAAUUCAAUUUAGUGGUAUUGCUCUUGAUGCUCUAGUACUAUGUAAAAAUUUGCGAAUCUUGUGUCUCAUUAGGUGUAAAGGAUUAACUUCUUUCACUUGGUUGCCUUUAAAGAAAGCUGAAUUCAAACUUCAAACUUUAUAUGUUAGAGAAUGCGAAACUACUCAAGAAUUUUUGGAAUCUGCAAUUGAGACUGCUAAUUACCAUUUAAAUGAACUAUUUAUGAGUUAUUCAUCUCCGAAAAUAAUAGAAUCAAUCAUGAAAUUUUGUCCAAGCAUUAAAACCUUUGAAGUUGAUAUUAAACCGUCUUCUACAAAUAAAUUCUUAAUAUUAUUGACAAAAUUAGUUCUAUUGGAGCGUUUAUCGGUUUCAUUAUUAAUUUACGAUGCAAGUGAUUUCUUGACAACGUUGCCUAAUUUUCUCCCUACUUCUUUAUUUGAUCUUAAAUUAGAAUUCCAAAAUACACCUCGAAAUUUAGUUUCUUUUCUUAAAAAAUGCAGAGCUCCCAUACAAAUUUUGACUGUAUUCAGUAUAUUGGGUGUUGAUAAUGAAUUGGUUGGUUUUAUUACUAAAUUUGCAAAAGAAAGUGAUACACUUAGAAAAGUUUUGAUUAAUGAUUGGUCAGGAAGAAAGUUGGUUUUUCAUAAAUAUUCCGAAGUUUGGACAACUUGUUCGUUGAAACCUCGAGAUAGAAUUAACAAUAUAAGAAAUUAUCAAUAUAUAUGA